AGACAGCCGGCCCGUCACAUAAAUAAGCGGCUUCCGGCUUGGUACAACAGGGGCUCGCCAGCCCCCGCCGCCCCCGCCAGAGCGGGAGCUGAGACUUUCUCUGGCUCUCUUUCCUCCUUCUUCCUCUCCUCCUCCUCCUCCUCCUCCUCCUCCUCUUCCCCCCCCUCCUCUCUCCUCAGUCCCUCUCCUCCCUGCUUCGUCCCGCUCCUUCCAGGUUCCCGGGCAGCUCCCGAGGCUCGGAGACUCUGCCUCCGGCCGUUAGACCCCCUUCCUCCCUUCAGGGCUUUAGCCUCCUCCAGGAAGGCGCCGGGGAUGCCGGGUGACGCGCCCCUGCAGUCGCUCCCGCAGCAUCCUCGGUCCCGUGACCGGAGCUUCCCGAGGGCCGGGCAGCCCCUCCCACUCCGCCUCUGCGGCCCCCGUGAAGACUGGAUGCGGAGCGAGACCCUCAGCCCCAUUAGAAGGGCCUGAGACGGGCCGCGUGGACAGCAUCGGGCCACGUGACCGGGGCGGGAACCGCCCCAGGACCGCCGACCUCCGAGUCCGGGCCGGGCCCCCUGCACAGACGCCGACCGCUAGGGGGAGCCUUGGUCCCGCGCCCCAUCAAACCACUCCAAAAGCUUCUACGAGAGCUCACUGGGGAAGCGCCGGACUGAGUGCGAUUCCCGGCCUGGCCUGCAGGGGGAGUUCGCGGCCCGAAAAUCAGUCCCUGAGCUUGGCCCCCAGAGCCAGCUCCUUCAGUAGGAGUCUGCAUCUGGACAGCGUGGAGGGCGAGUGGGAGCCGGUCCCCCAGGGCCCCUCCCCCAGAAUCAGGUUGCCUUGGGCCCUCUAACCCCUCCCCACAACUUCCCACCGAGGGAGCCGGAAGGCCCAGCCCCGCUCUAUUAAGACUUUUAGGGAUAAGUGCUAGUGCUCCCUGGCCCUCCCUUUUCCUCAUCUGUUUAAGGGGGAUGUGUGGAACUGGCCUCUGAGGUCCCUGGAGGUGGUGGGGUCCACUGGCCAAAUAAAGGGGGUCUGGGGGAGACCCUUCCCUGAUGACUUUUUUUUGACAUCACAGUCUUUCCCAGGUACACUCCCCACCCCAGCCCAGCCCACCCCUGCCUAUUGGCUUCUUCCUGUAACAGAAAAAAAUAUUUCAUGAAAACCAAGGUUUGUAGCAACCGUAUCCCAGAGAACCCACAGAGCCCACAGAGCCCACAGAGCCCACAGAGCCCAGAGAGUCCAGAGCCCACAGAGCCCAGAGAGUCCACAGAGUCCACAGAGCCCACAGAACCCACAGAGUCCACAGAGUCCACAGAGCCCACAGAGCCCAGAGAGUCCAGAGCCCAGAGAGUCCACAGAGCCCACAGAGCCCAGAAAGUCCAGAGCCCACAGAGCCCAGAGAGUCCAGAGCCCACAGAGCCCAGAGAGUCCAGAGCCCAGAGAGUCCACAGAGUCCACAGAGCCCACAGAGCCCAGAAAGUCCAGAGCCCACAGAGCCCAGAGAGUCCAGAGCCCACAGAGCCCAGAGAGUCCACAGAGCCCACAGAGCCCAGAGAGUCCAGAGCUCACAGAGCUCACAGAGCCCAGAGAGUCCAGAGCGCCCAGAGAGCCCAGAGAGUCCAGAACCCACAGAGCCCACAGAGUCCACAGAGCCCAGAGAGUCCAGAGCCCAGAGAGUCCACAGAGUCCACAGAGCCCACAGAGUCCAGAGCCCAGAGAGUCCACAGAGUUCACAGAGCCCACAGAGCCCAGAGAGUCCAGAGCCCACAGAGCCCAGAGAGUCCAGAGCCCACAGAGUCCACAGAGCCCACAGAGCCCACAGAGCCCAGAGAGUCCAGAGCGCCCAGAGAGUCCAGAGCGCCCAGAGAGCCCAACAGAGCCCACAGAGCCCAACAGAGCCCAGAGAGCCCACAGAGCCCAGAGCACCCAGAGAGCUGAGUGCCCAGACAGAUCAUGGAGCCCAGCACCCCCACAGAGCCCAAAGCGCGCAGGGCCCCCACAGAGCCCAAAGCGCGCAGGGCCCCCACAGAGCCCAGAGAGCCCAGAGUGUCCAGAGAGCUCAUGGAGCCCAGAGUGCCCAGAGAGCCCACAAAGUCCAGAGAGCCCAUGGAGCCCAGAGAGCCCAGGGCACCCAGAGAGCCCAGAGAGUCCAGGGCACCCAGAGAGCCCACAGAGCCCAGAGUGCCCAGAGCACCCAGAGAGCCCAGCACACCCAGAGAACCCAGAGAGCUGAGAAAGUCCAGCGCACCCAGAGAACCCAGAGAGCCUAGAGCACCCAGAGAGCCCAGAGAGCCCAGAGUGCCCAGAGAGGCCACAGAGCCCAGAGAGCCCAGAGCUCCCAGAGCGCCCAGAGAGGCCACAGAGCCCAGAGAGCCCAGAGCUCCCAGAGAGCCCAGAGAGGCCACAGAGCCCAGAGAGCCCAGAGAGCCCAGAGCGCCCAGAGAGCCCAGAGAGGCCACAGAGCCCAGAGAGUCAACAGAGCCCACAGAGCUUAGAGAACCCAGAGAGCCCAGAGCACCCAGAGAGCCCACAGAGCCCAGAGAACCCAGAGUGCCCAGAGAGCCCAGAGAGCUCCCAGAGUCUAGAGAGCCCAGAGCACCAUGGAGCCCAGAGCAUCCAGAGCACCCAGAGAUCCCAGAGUGCCCAGAGCCCCUAGAGAGCCCACAGAGUCCAGAGAGCCCAGAGCACCCAGAGAGCCCAGAUCGCCCAUGGAGCCCAGAGCACCCAGAACAUCCAGAGAGCCCAGAGCGCCCAGAACGUCCAGAGAGCCCAGAGCGCCCAGAGCACCUGGAGAGCCCACAGAGCCCAGAGAACCCACAGAGUCCAGAGAGCCCAGAGCGCCCAUGGAGUCCAGAGCAUCCAGAACGCCCAGAGAGCCCAGAGCGCCUGGAGAGCCCACAUAGCCCAGAGAACCCACAGAGUCCAGAGAGCCCAGAGCGCCCAUGGAGCCCAGAGCACCCAGAACGCCCAGAGAGCCCAAAGAACCCACAGAGCGCACAGAGCCCAGAGAGCCCAGAGAGCCUGGAGUGUCCAGAGAACCCAGAGCGUCCAGAGAGUCCAGAGCAUCCAGAGAACCCAGAGUGUCCAGAGAGUCCAGAGAGCCCAGAGCACCUGGAGAGCCCACAGAGCCCAGAGAACCCACAGAGCGCACAGAGCCAACAGAGCCCACAGAGCACAGAGAAUCCAGAAAGCCCAGAACGCCCAGAGAGUCCAGAGUGCCCAGAGCAAUCAGAGGUCCCAGAGAGCCCAGAGCAUCCACAGAGCCCAGAGCACCCACAGAGCCCAGAGUACCCAGAGAGCCCAGAGAGUCCAGAGAGUUCAGAAAGUCCAGAGAGUCAAGAUAUCCCACAGAGCUCAGAGAGUCCAAAGAGCCCAGAGAGCCCAGAGAGUUCAGAGAGUCCAGAGAGUUCAGAGAGUUCAGAGAGUCCAGAGAGUUCAGAGAGCCCAGAAAGCACAGAGAGUCAAGAGAGCCCAGAGAGUACAGAGAGCCCAGAGAGCACAGAGAGCACAGAGCAUCCAGAGAGCACAGAGAGUCCAGAGAGCACAGAGAGCACAGAGAGUCCAGAGCACCCAGAGAGCACAGAGAAUACAGAGAAUACAGAGAGUCCAGAGAGUCCAGAGUGCUCAGAGAGCCCAUAGAGCCCAGAGCACCCAGAGAGCCCAGCGUACCCAGAGCCCAGAGCACCAAGAGAGCCCAGAGCACCCACAGAGUCCAGAGCACUCACAGAGCC